UCUGCCACUACGAUCUACUGCAAAUCUCAAACAUACUCCUCUAAAUUUUCUUCUUUUUUGUUUUUUAUUUAUUUAAAAUUUCUCAAACCAUAUUCUCUCUCUCUCUCUCUCUCUAUUCUUCAUUCACUCGCUUUCUCAGUAGCACUCACUAGCUGGCUUAGCGUGAGUGGGGAUCUCGAGGACUGAAGAGAUCGAAAGAGAGCUUCAAAUAUCAACUACCCAUUUCACUAAACAUCUCUCUCUGUUCCUGUUUUUCAGGUUUGAGAGAAUCAUAAAACAGGAUCAUGGGUUCUAAGCAUGCUUCACCCGGAAGCAAGCGAAGCCCGUUGUCUAUUUUUGUCGUUCUUGGUUUGUGCUGCUUAUUUUACCUUCUCGGAGCGUGGCAAAAGAGCGGGUUUGGGAAAGGAGAUAGCAUAGCGUUGGAAAUAACUAAGCAGACCGAUUGCAAUAUCGUUAAUGAUUUGGACUUUGAGAGUCAUCACAAUGAUGUUGGGAUUAUUGCACCUUCUGAACCGAAAACAAAAUUUUUCAAGCCAUGUGAUGUGAAGUUCACCGAUUAUACUCCUUGCCAAGAACAAGACCAAGCAAUGAAAUUCCCAAGGGAGAAUAUGAUAUACAGGGAGAGGCAUUGUCCCCCACAAGAAGAAAAACUGCAUUGCCUUAUUCCUGCACCUGAAGGGUAUACAAUUCCGUUCCAGUGGCCUAAAAGUCGGGACUAUGUCUACUAUGCCAAUGUUCCGUUUAAGAGUCUGACGGUCGAAAAAGCCAACCAGAAUUGGGUGGAGUUCAAGGGAAACGUGUUUAAGUUUCCAGGUGGAGGAACAAUGUUCCCCCAUGGUGCAGACGCGUAUAUCGAUGAACUUGCAUCGGUUAUUCCAUUUGCAGAUGGAUCUAUCAGAACAGCAUUGGAUACUGGUUGUGGGGUUGCGAGCUGGGGUGCAUACUUGGCAAAGAGAAAUAUUUUGGCCAUGUCUUUUGCACCACGGGACAAUCAUGAAGCACAGGUACAGUUUGCUUUGGAGCGAGGUGUACCUGCCAUUAUUGGUGUUCUUGGAUCAAUUCGUCUUCCAUUCCCAUCAAGAGCCUUUGAUAUGGCUCAGUGCUCCCGAUGUCUAAUUCCAUGGACUGCAAACAGUGGUAUGUAUCUCAUGGAAGUUGAUCGAGUACUUAGACCUGGUGGAUACUGGAUCUUGUCUGGGCCUCCAAUCAAUUGGAAGACCUAUUACAAAACAUGGAAGAGGACUAAGGAGGAUGUUCAGGCAGAGCAGAAGAAGAUCGAAGAAAUUGCUGAAUUUCUUUGUUGGGAGAAAAAGUAUGAGAAGGGAGAUAUUGCUAUCUUUAGGAAAAAUGUAAAUGCUAAAUCCUGCCGAAGAAAGUCCUCUGAUAUGUGUAAAACAACUGACGCUGAUGACGUUUGGUACAAGGAAAUGGAGGCAUGCGUAACUCCUCUGCCAGAGGUAACCGCUGCGAAUGAAGUUGCAGGAGGGGAAUUGAAGAAGUUCCCAGCUAGACUUUACGCAGUUCCUCCUAAGAUAGCAAAGGGACUUGUUUCUGGGGUUACACUUGAAUCCUACCAAGAGGAUAACACGAUUUGGAGAAAGCACGUAGAUGCUUACAAGAGAAUUAAUAAGUUGAUUGGCACCUCAAGAUACCGGAAUGUGAUGGAUAUGAACGCCGGCCUUGGAGGAUUUGCGGCAGCACUUGAAUCAAGAAAAUCUUGGGUGAUGAACGUUGUGCCUACAAUUGCGGAUAACUCUUUGGGUGUUAUUUACGAAAGAGGUCUAAUCGGCAUAUAUCAUGAUUGGUGCGAAGGCUUCUCUACUUACCCGAGAACAUAUGAUCUUAUUCAUGGUAAUGGUGUAUUCAGCUUAUACCAGGACAAGUGUGAGCUGGAAGACAUCCUUCUCGAGAUGGAUCGGAUCUUGCGACCGGAAGGGUCGGUCCUUUUACGGGAUGAAGUUGAUGUCCUGAACAAGGUUAAGAAAAUCUCCGCCGGGAUGAGAUGGGACAUCAAAUUGUUGGAUCAUGAGGAUGGCCCUCUGGUUCCUGAGAAGAUAUUGGUUGCUGUGAAGCAGUAUUGGGUUGUCAGCAAAGGGAACAGCACAUCUACUGAUGAUGAGUAAAAGCAGGUCUACGUUUGGGCCCCCAUGAAAGCC